UCUUCCUCCACGGACACCUCAGUAAUCUCACCUGUCAUGCCGCCAUUGCUGCAGCAGCUCUGCUCUUGUCCUUCCCUUGCUCGCCUUGCCCAUCUGGCUGGCUUCUUGCAUUCAAUGGGGCUGGGCUUGGAUCAUGAGCGGAGCACAUGGGAGAAAACCUGUGCGGGCCGACGUUCUUGAUCUGGUUCGGGCCGACGCCGCGGCUCACGGUGGCGGAGCCGGAGCUGGUGCGGGAAAUCUUCCUCACGCGCGCCGAGGCGUUCGACCGCUACGAGGCGCACCCCGUCGUGCGCCAGCUCGAGGGCGACGGCCUCGUCAGCCUCCACGACGACAAGUGGGCGCUCCAUCGCCGCGUCCUCACCGACGCCUUCUACCCGGACAACCUCAACCGGCUGGUGCCCCACGUCGGCAGGUCGGUGGCGGCGCUGGCGGAGAAGUGGCGCACCAUGGCGGCCGCCGGCGGGAGCGGCGAGGUGGAGGUGGACGUCGCCGAGUGGUUCCAGGUGGUCACGGAGGAGGCCAUCACGCGCGCCACCUUCGGCCGCAGCUACGACGACGGCCGCGUCGUGUUCGCCAUGCAGGGCCGGCUGAUGGCCUUCGCUUCUGAGGUCUUUCGCAAGGUCCUCGUCCCCGGCUACCGGUUCUUGCCGACCAAGAAGAACUGGCAGUCGUGGAAGCUGGACAGGGAGGUACGGCGGAGCCUGACCCGGCUCAUCGCCCGGCGCAGCGACGAGGCCGAGGCGGAGAAGGCCGGCGACGACGGCGACUUCCGCGACCUUCUUGGCGCCAUGAUCAAUGCCGGCGAUAGGAAGACGCGGGCGCCGUCGCCGACGGCGGCGAUCCCGGUGGAGGAGAUGCUGGAGGAAUGCAAGACGUUCUUCUUCGCCGGCAAGCAGACCACGACGAACCUCCUCACCUGGGCCGCCGUGCUCCUCGCCAUGCACCCGGAUUGGCAGAAGCGCGCCCGCCGCGAGGUCCUCGACGUCUGCGGCGCCGACGAGCUCCCCUCCAAGGAGCACCUCCCCAAGCUGAAGACGCUCGGCAUGAUCAUGAACGAGACCCUCCGGCUCUACCCGCCGGCGGUGGCCACCAUCCGCCGCGCCAAGACCGACGUCCAGCUCUCCGACGGGUGCAUGAUCCCCCGCGACAUGGAGCUGCUCAUCCCGAUCAUGGCCAUCCACCACGACACUCGGUUCUGGGGCCAUGACGCGGCGCAGUUCAACCCCGCGCGGUUCGCCGACGGCACGGCCAGGGCGGCGAAGCACCCCCUGGCGUUCAUACCCUUCGGCCUGGGCUCCCGGAUGUGCAUCGGCCAGAACCUGGCCCGGCUCGAAGCCAAGCUCACCAUGGCAAUCCUUCUCCAGCGCUUCGAGAUGCGGACCUCUCCGAACUACAUCCACGCGCCGACGGUCCUGAUGCUCCUCUACCCGCAAUACGGAGCGCCGGUGAUCUUCCGGCCACGGUCAGCUCAUCCGGCGGAUCCGGCGGCCUCAUAGCCGACCACAGCUUCCCCUGUCCCAAGCCCCCACAUUCUUUUGUCAAAAUUGACAAAAAGGUUUCCAUGAGGCAGGGCUGAGAACCUGUGGGUCACCCCGGUGCCCCCCAAAAAAAAACCCAUAGGACAUGUCUAGAAUGACCCAAAUGCCCUCCCAGCCACCCCUGUGUAUAUGCCAAGUGAUACUAAAAGCCAAGAAGCACUAACCUUUUGUCCUAGCCUGCGCCUCGGGCCCCACCCAGGUUGCCCGGAAAUGCCCUCCUUAACAGACCGGAUCAGGCCCAGCCUUUUGUAAGAUUUGAUGACACACAACGGGGAGGGCCCCACCCCCCUCCCCUCCCCUGUUUUUUGUUCCUUGCCCAUGGCAGCCGGUGUAUGUAUUCUGUAUAGUGUGGUUUGUUUGUUCCCGUCUCCUACGCUGGUAGAGACGAAAAUGCAAUGGAGAAAAGAAAUGGAAGGGGGAGAGAUUGAGAUGGCAGAGAAAUGCAGCGGCGCCUGUCCACCUUCCACACGGCAUUCCUCCUCCCUUUCCGCCGGCCUCUUUCGCUGAUCUUUCGUCCUUAGUGAUAACAAAUUGCGGCUUUGUCUCCUGUGAUUACACAGGUUCUUGAUCA